CGGCAACACAAAUAUUUACAGAAAGAAAAUGUUCAAUUACAGGGGCAGGAAAAAUGGGCGAGCAAAAGCUGAAGCAGGCGGGUGUCCUAAUCACAUAUCUUUCGAUGCCCUACUUGAUCGAAUCCCUGGACCGCAAAUUCACGACAUAUAAGCUGUAUGAAUCUCAUGAUCGAGAAGCAUUUUUGACACAGCACUCUCAAUCUAUUAGAGGUGUGGUAUGCGGCAGAAAGGACGGGAUUAAUGCACAUAUGAUCGAUGCUCUUCCCUGUUUGGAGAUUGUGGCCACCAGCAGCGUCGGAUUUGAUAAAGUGGAUUUGGCCAAGUGCAGGCAGCGCAACAUUGCAGUGGUCUAUACUCCUGAUGUGUUAACUGAUGACGUGGCGGAUUUAACCAUUGCUCUAAUGCUCGACGCCCUUCGCCAAAUUUCCGCUUCUGAUCGCUAUGUUCGCCAGGGCCUGUGGCAGAGUAAGGGAGACUACAAAUUAACUUGCAAGCUAAGUGGAAAGCGUGUUGGAAUAGUUGGACUUGGACGUAUUGGUUCAGCUAUAGCUAAGAGGGCACAAGCUUUUGGCUGCAGCAUUGCCUACUACUCCAGGUCUAAAAAACCUGAUGUACCUUUCAUGUACCAUUCAAAUGUUAUAGACCUUGCAGCUAGCAGUGAUGUUCUUGUUGUGGCAUGCUCUUUAACAAAAGAUACCCACCACAUCGUCAAUAAGUCUGUUCUUGAUGCAUUGGGAACGAAAGGCACACUGGUGAAUGUAGGCCGGGGGGCCCUUGUAGAUGAGAAGGAAUUGGUGAAGGCUCUAGUGGAAGGUCGGAUUCAAGGUGCUGGUCUAGAUGUUUUUGAGAAUGAACCUCAUGUUCCACAAGAACUAUAUAAUUUAGAAAAUGUGGUUAUGGUGCCGCAUAUGGGAUGUGCAACCUGGGAAACGACGAAGGCAAUGGCAGAUCUUAUUGUUGGGAAUCUGGAGGCACACUUCUCGAAGAAACCUUUGCUCACCCCUGUACCACUAUGAGAAUUUUAUUAAUCAAAGAAGUUGGCAUAAUAUUUCGCAGAAUGGCAAAGUUCACGAUCUUCUUCAACAGCUGCAAACCAGUUUAGAGAGCAACAAAAACCCAACUGCUGUGGAUGGAAUUUGACAAGCAUAAUAGCUGCUGUUACGCUGUAUCUUUUGUUUUCUAUUAUCUCUGCUGAUUCCUUGUAACUACAGCUAGUUGUUAUAGCUGUUCUGGUUCUAGUAUCCGGCUACUGCUAUUUUAUGUGAUAUCUACAGUUGUAUUAGUUGUUUUCAGCAGCUACCUUGGUAGCUGUUGCUACUGCCUCUUAGCUGUCCACGUUUCAGCUGUUUUAUAAUCUGAAGCAGGGCCUGACGGCCACCCCUGUCUGUUAUAUGAAUUUUUUGUGACGGUUUAGCAUUUUAAUGCCUUUUGUUUUACGUUUUUAAAAAAAUGUU